AUGAGUGAUUUUGAACCAGUACUGGAUAUAACACCACCUUCCAAUACCCAGCCACAACUACCCGUUGAUAUCCAAAAAACUCAGACAUAUUUUGGUGAUCUACAGAAGACUCAACAGCGUCGUGAUGAUCUCCUCGAUGAGAAAGUACGCCUAGAAUCUCAGAUACUUGAAGCGCAACUUCGAUUGCGCCAAAAUAAAGGUAAGGAGAACCGUCAGACGCCCAAACACUUACCCCGGUUCGAAAUUCCCGCUUACAGUGUCGAAGCACAGCUGUUGGGGGUAUUUCCUCUGUUGGAUUGGGAACAGCGUCAUGAUUACAUAAAGUGGUUCUUACCGAAGUUACAAUUUGAAAAUAUUCAAUUCGAGAGCAGCGGCUCAGGGUGGAGAUACCUGUUUUCAGCAAUAUCGCAUCAUUUGUUUCGAGUGCCGAUCAUCUUCACUGUAAAUGAGCGUGAUCUGAUAGUACAAUUGGAGGCUGACCUAGCCGAUCUCGAGCUGCUAUGUCCAGAGUUUUGCGAUUUCGCCAAAGUUGUAUACAUCCCCAAAAUGCAAAUUAAUGCUUUACUUUGGGGAAUCAGUUCGGUUGCCGUUGCAGUUCACGCCAAGGUCGAAUGUUUUGCGUCUUUAAGACAAUUGGAGGGAUUCGUUAGUCCACGAACUACCGACUCCAUGCCCAACAAUAACCGCUUGAUCAUUGCUGCGACUAAAAGUCGAUCCAGCAUGCAGUUUGCCAGGGGCGAUGGAUCUCAUCAACUUAUCCUACAUUGGGAAAUCGUUUUAAUCAAUAAAGCAACCGCAGAUUGUGGUGCGAAAAUCACAGCGGCCGUUCAUGAGGUGUUGUCAGGAAAGGAAGUUGGUAAUGUGCAAAAGCUAUAUGAUUUGCUCCAACUACAGGGUUUACUGAUAUCUCAGGCGGUUCGUUUGAUGGUUGAGCAAUUGCUAAAGUGA